ACAUGGCGUCCCCCAGCCGUGGACCGCACUUCGAAGCCAGAAGGCGGUGCUGCGGCCGUAAAGCAGUGCCCGUUUCCCGAUAGCCAGCUGUCGCAAACCGGUGAAUGGCUCUGGAGCGCGAGCGGGGGGGGUGGGGGACAGGAGCUUGUGAUUGUGGUACGGGGGGGGCAGCGGCGGCGGCGGCAGCGGCGGCUCCUCUUCCUCCGCCGCCUCCCGGCGAAGCCGGCCAGGGAGGGAAAGAGCGGGGCGGCAGCAGGGCAAAAUGGAUCCCAACAGGAUUAUCCAGGCUCUCAAGGGCACCAUAGACCCCAAGCUGCGCAUCGCAGCCGAGAACGAGCUCAAUCAGUCCUAUAAGAUCAUCAAUUUUGCUCCAAGUCUACUGCAAAUCAUAGUGUCGGAUCAAGUUGAAUUUCCAGUACGUCAAGCAGCUGCCAUUUACCUAAAGAACAUGGUGACACAGUACUGGCCAGACCGUGAACCACCUCCUGGAGAAGCAGUGUUUCCAUUCAACAUUCAUGAAAAUGAUCGUCAACAGAUUCGUGAUAACAUUGUAGAAGGAAUAAUUCGUUCUCCUGACUUAGUGAGGGCCCAGCUGACAAUGUGCCUCCGUGCUAUCAUUAAACAUGACUUUCCUGGCCAUUGGACCGCCGUGGUAGACAAGAUAGGCUACUACUUGCAGUCUCAGAACAGUGCGAGUUGGCUUGGGAGCCUCCUAUGCCUGUAUCAACUGGUGAAGACUUAUGAAUACAAGAAAGCAGAGGAACGAGAUCCUCUCAUUGCAGCAAUGCAAAUAUUUUUGCCUCGGAUUCAGCAGCAGAUGAUACAGCUUCUGCCUGAUAACUCCCAUUACUCUGUACUGCUUCAGAAGCAAAUCUUAAAAAUCUUCUAUGCUCUUGUUCAGUAUGCAUUGCCACUCCAGUUGGUGAAUAACCAGACUAUGACUCAGUGGAUGGAGAUUUUCCGUACUAUCAUUGAUAGAAAUGUGCCUCCUGAGACUUUGCAAAUUGAUGAAGAUGAUAGACCAGAGCUGGUGUGGUGGAAAUGCAAGAAGUGGGCACUGCAUAUUGUAGCUCGUCUUUUUGAACGGUAUGGAAGUCCCGGAAAUGUAACUAAAGAGUACUUUGAAUUCUCUGAGUUUUUCUUAAAAACAUAUGCUGUAGGAAUACAACAGGUUCUCUUAAAAAUCUUAGACCAAUACAGACAAAAAGACUAUGUUGCUCCACGUGUCCUUCAACAAACAUUAAAUUAUCUGAACCAAGGGGUCAUUCAUUCUGUAACAUGGAAGCAGAUGAAGCCACACAUACAGAGUAUAACAGAAGAUGUGAUAUUCUCCCUAAUGUGCUACAAAGAUGAGGAUGAAGAACUCUGGCAAGAGGAUCCAUACGAAUAUAUCCGCAUGAAAUUUGAUGUAUUUGAGGAUUAUGCAUCCACUACAACAGCAGCACAGAAUCUCCUUUAUACUGCAGCAAAGAAGAGAAAAGAGGUAUUACCAAAAAUAAUGGCAUAUUGCUACCAGAUUCUGACAGAGCCAAACAUUGAUCCAAGGAAAAAAGAUGGAGCUUUGCAUGUUAUAGGAUCCCUAGCUGAUAUUUUACUGAAGAAGAGUGUAUUCAAGGAUCAGAUGGAGCUGAUGUUACAGAAUCAUGUAUUUCCAUUGUUCAUGUCUAACCUGGGGUACCUCAGAGCUAGAUCCUGUUGGGUUCUUCAUUCAUUCAGUGCUUUGAAAUUCCACAAUGAGCUAAACUUAAGGAAUGCAGUAGAGUUGGCAAAGAAGAGCCUGAUUGAAGAUAAGGAAAUGCCUGUCAAAGUAGAAGCUGCAAUAGCUCUUCAGACAUUAAUAAGCAACCAGGAGCAAGCCAAAGAAUAUGUGAAGCCAUAUGUAAGGCCAGUUAUGCAAGAGCUCUUACACAUUGUUAGAGAGACGGAAAAUGAUGAUCUUACUAAUGUAAUCCAGAAGAUGAUCUGUGAGUACAGUCAAGAGGUAGCUACCAUCGCUGUUGACAUGACACAACACCUGGCUGAAAUAUUUGGUAAAGUGCUUCAGAGUGAGGAAUAUGAGGAAGUAGAGGACAAAACAGUUAUGGCCAUGGGCAUCUUGCACACAAUUGACACUAUCCUGACAGUUGUGGAAGACCACAAGGAGAUAACUCAACAGCUGGAGAGCAUUUGUUUGCAGAUCAUUGGCCUCGUUUUGCAGAAACAUGUUAUAGAGUUUUAUGAAGAAAUUCUCUCCUUGGCAUACAGCUUGACAUGCCAGAUGAUUUCACCCCAAAUGUGGCAGCUUUUAGGUGUGUUAUAUGAGGUUUUCCAGCAGGAUUGCUUUGAGUACUUUGCAGAUAUGAUGCCUCUCUUGCAUAAUUAUGUGACCAUUGACACUGAUACUUUACUGUCUAACCCAAAGAAUUUAGAAAUCAUUUACGCUAUGUGUAAAAAGGUAUUAACAGGAGAUGCAGGAGAAGAUGCAGAGUGCCAUGCUGCCAAACUCCUAGAAGUAAUUGUUCUUCAAUGCAAAGGACGGGGUAUUGACCAGUGUAUUCCACUCUUUGUGGAGGCUGUUCUGGAGCGGUUAACAAGAGGAGUUAAAACAAGCGAGCUUCGUACCAUGUGUCUUCAGGUUGCCAUAGCUGCACUCUACUAUAAUCCUGACCUACUUCUACACACCUUAGAGAACAUCAGAUUUCCUCACAACCCUGAGCCCAUCACUGCACAGUUCAUAAACCAGUGGAUGAAUGACACAGACUGUUUUCUUGGACUCCAUGACAGAAAGAUGUGUAUAAUAGGACUGAGCAUCCUAAUGGAAUUGCAGAACCGACCACCUGCAGUGGAUGCUGUGGCUGCACAGAUUGUCCCUUCAAUUCUCCUCCUCUUCCUGGGCUUAAAACAAGUUUGCGCCUCACGAGAACUCACAGAACAUGAGGAUCAUGCUAAAGAUGAAAAACACGUUGCAGAAGAUAAUGAAGAAAUACCAAGUGAUGAAGAGGAGACAAAUGAAGUGAGCCAGGCAAUGCAGGAGAACCAUGGUGGAGGCAGUGGCAAUGGUGGUGGUGGUGGAGAGGAAGAGGACGAUGACGAUGAUGACGACGACGACGACUGGGAUGAAGAUGCUUUGGAAGAGACUGCUCUUGAAGGGUUCAGCACACCUCUUGACCUUGAAAACAGUGUUGAUGAAUACCAGUUUUUUGCACAAGCACUUUUAGCGGUGCAGAGCCGAGAUGCAGGCUGGUACCAUUCGCUGACAGCACCUUUGAGUGAGGAUCAGAAGAAACAGCUGCAGGAAAUUUAUACAUUAGCAGAACACCGGCGAAGUGCUGCAGAGACUAAGACAAUAGAACAACAAAGUGGCUACACAUUUGACAACAAAGGACUGAUCACAGCAUUUAACUUUGCCGGAAAUAAUCCUGGUGGCAACUGAAGGAGAAACUGCAAAGGUCAAUGGGAAGGGUUUCAUCGUUACAUUUUAUUAAAAUCAUCAUGACUUCUGAGUGAUAGGGGAGGGUAAUUUAAUGCUGCUAAAGGUUUCUUGGAAUAUAGCAGUGUGCUUCCCCCACCAGAAUGCUCUUUCUAACCAGCUACUGUAAUGUACAAAUUCUUGUGGUGUUUUUAUAAUUUGAUGGACUGAAAAGGAAACAUUUGUCCUCAAGGAACCUGAAUGACUGGGAGGGGGCCAGGUUGCAUCUAAUUGAGUUGCACUUCUCAGGUUUUUGCUGUGCAGAAUUGAUAGAUUCAUAUGGAUAACAGUGCCUUCUGUUGUACGUGGAUUGCCUGAACAAAUGAAUUUUGGAGUGCAUUAUAAUUUUUUAAGUGUAAGGACAUUUCUAGAUACACUGUAAGCCUUGGGUCCAUGUUUUCCUGUUAUCUGCCUUUUACUACAUAAUUUAAUUGUUUGUUGGUUGCAUACACAUUGCUGGAUUCAGAGUGUUAUCUCAUCUUCCCUAUUUGGUGCAGACCAAAUGUGCAUAGGGAAGCGCCUGUUGUAAUUGUAAAGCGUACACUGGUGGUGUGAAAGUGUCUUAACAAAAUGCAGAUUUUCCCUUGAUACAGUGGCUUUAAUUUAUUUUCCCUAGCCAUGAAAGUAGCUCACUUGAGUUAUGAUGGCACACAUGACCUGGCAGGUUUAUAUCCUAAAUCUACAUUGAUAUUACCUCCUGCCUGCAGAAGUGGUGUGGCCCUUGCAUGUAGAUGUUCUACAUGACAACUUUUUAUCUCCACUAUUUUCCCUGAAUACUGGAUUUUAUUUGGGCUCCUGCAAACUGCUUUUCUGUUUUUAUUAAUUCAUUACCAUUCCAGUGGUAGUACUGAACAAUGUAGUACAAACUAUUUACAAUAUUUUAUUUAUCUCAGUAGAAGGAAAAACAGCUCCAAAACUUUUUUUCUUCUUACUCUUACACUUCUGUGAUUGAAUUUCUGCUCUGCAUUCCAUUUGGCUCUUCUUGUCCCAUGUUGAAAUUUAAUUAUCUGCCAGAUUUUUUUUCCUAAAUCCCAAAGAUUGGUUUCUCAUAAAUUCAAAUAUAUGUUACUGGACCUUUGUGAAUAUGUUCAUGUGGUGAGAAGCUUACCAUAUGAGAAAUCUGAUUUCCAUAGGUGGCCCUUCUCUAGGUCUACUGGGAUCACAGUGGUAUAGACUAAAUAAAUAGGGGUGCUUUAGAAAGUCUUAAAAGCUUGGAUUGGAGACUUUUUAAUCCAGAUUUUGUCUCUAUAUGUUAAUUUCUCUGUGACUUAAAUACAUUUACCAAGCAGUGUUAACCAUAUGUGGUUAAGUAUUUCUUUGGAGCAGUGCCUCAACUGAAAAGUCAAAGCCGUUCCUUUACCCCCAUCAAAUUUUCAACAAUUGCAAAGAGUUGCAGAUUGCUGGCCCUGCUCUGUGCUGAAGCUUUCAUUUUUUAUAUAGAUGUUGGAGUAAUAAUAUUUCAGUCUGAUAAAUCUGAAGCUCUCUACUCCCUGGCUUCAGGACAGGGCCACAGUGUCUCUGUCUUUCUCCUUGCCCCAUAACCUGGAAUCUCCUCAUGCUCGCACUUAUGGAGCAGGAGGUUUCUGGCUGCUUUCUGUAUUCCUGAGUCUUUGUGUCAGACUCUCUCCAGUGCUGUUCUCUGCUGCUCGUUUUUUUUCACAGUAGCUGCAGAGAAAAUGGGCCUGGUUCAUGUAGGUUUUUCUGUGCUGCUAUUCAUUCAAUAGCAAUAGUGAAUUCAGUAGUGAAAAAUUCCCUUUUCUGGGUCUGUUGUAUAUAUAGAAAACGGUGAGAAGCACAGGGUCUGUAUUUUCAAAACUAAACAAUACGUUGAACUGCAUUAGGCUGACAGGCUCUUUAAGCUCAAACAGCAGAGAGCAGGGCCUCACACCUUUAUUUUAAAAGUUAGGCCAUGAAAAUCGCUGGUCACUUUUUCUAAUUUAGUAUUAACCAAAAUGGUAGGAAGGCGUUACAUCAAGUUUAGUGAAUUUCUCAGAAACCUUCGAAGUUUUGAAAUCAUUCACAAAUUUAAAAGUGUUUUUUUGGAACUAAAGGUUGUUGACAACUUCUGUCUUACCUGACAAUGGAAGUUAAGAAUUAGGCAGGUGAAAUGUUUAAGCCCUUUAUUACUUCAUUUGUAAAAAUGAGACUGUCAAGUGAGAUUUCUUUCAAAGCCCUUUUUCCCUCUCUACACUGACAUGCAGAGUAGAAAAGGGAUUUAUUUUUCUUCUGCUAAUGAGGUUGCCUGCACAGUCACAAACUAAUAUUUAGGAAUUAACAUGUUCAGGGAAAAAUCUGCUUUUGCACAGCAUCAUCUUUGUGUCACUCAACUGAACUAUGGCUGCUCCUAUUUCUGCUGCUUGUGCACUUUUCCAGUCAACUGCCAAGAAAAUUUCAUCCAGAUGUUUCUUACAAGGAGUUUAAUCAUCAGCGUGAAGUUGGGAAUCUUCGUUGUGUCAUUUUGCAGUUGAGGUCAGAGAUGUCUGAGGGGAUGGCAUGUAAAAGGGUUAAAUGCCCUUCCCUUCCCAAGAGAUUCAUAAGCAAAUGUUUCUACUGGCAAAAGCAAACAUUAAUUAUUUUAUUCUUUUUUUAAAAGGAAUUUCAUCCAAGAAGAUUUAUUGGGCUCUAGCCUCCCCUUUAACAUAUGGUUCUCUUUUAACACGAUAAAUACCUGUUUGUACAUGAUCAUAAAUAGGUAAUGGAUUUUAAGAAUUUCUUCCUGAGUUGUGUCCAGCUUUGUACUACAUUAAAGGGAGAGUAACACAAAUGUGCAUUACUGUCUCACUUUGAAGCCAAGGUAAUCAUUGAAUUUCAAAUACCAGCAACAGUUAACCAAGCGUGAUCUAGUUGCUGUUGGAAAUACAGACUCAUGAAUGUAUUGUAAAAUAAAACAAAGGCUGAUAACCAGUGACCUAUGUUGCCCCAUGCCCAUGUUCCCAGAGCGUGAAGAUAACUUAUAUGGGCACCAUGGGGACUUUACAUAUGAAAUUAGCAUUGUAUAGGUUAUAAUCAUAGCAAAUGUUAACUUGUAUGAUCAGCUGCUUUUUCAGAUAAAAUUAACUGGGUGUUGAAUUUCAAAUGCUGUUUUGUCACUCUUAAAAGGAAAAUAAGAAUCACCACAUAUUUUGGCUGCUUCUUUUUGCUCUUUUUCUUUCAAAGUUAAAGUAUGCGGUUUGCUUAUAUAACAAAGCAAAAUGGCCAGCUCCAGGAAGAGAGGACAAUAUUAAGCUAAGGAAAAAGUGAAAAACAAAAUAAACCACCACCAACAACAAAAAACCCCACACAUGCACAGUCUGAUUGAAAUGGAUGUGCUUCGGGAGAAUAAGUGACACAGUGAUAUGGUGAUAUUCUUUGCUUUAGGGUGGAACAGUGCCUGUGGGCUGUUGGGGAGAUAUGAAAUGAACUGCUGUAGGACAUGCCAUUUGCCCAUGAAGUACAAGCAGUUUGUAUCUCUGGAUUCCAUCAUAUAUUUUAGAUGAGAGAAGGUAGGACAGUAGAGGAUUUUUUGUCAUUAUAAAACAGGAGUCUGUCUUGAGACUUUUGUGAGCCAAAGGAAUUGUAGACGACACGAAUGAUUAACUAUCCUUUGUUUCCAGAAUACCUUUUAGCCCAUUUUUCUCUCUCCUUUCCUUCCCCUUGAACCAUUAUAUUAUCAGACAUUUCAGAGGAUUUUCAAAAUAUCUGAAAAGAUAAAGCUUAAAGUUUUUUAAGUGCUUUUGGUCAUGAAGCUAUGCAUUCUGUCUGAUGCAUGUGCAUCUACAGAAUGAAGUCUCUCAUUUGACAUGUACAACUGAUACAGAAAUAUAAAAUCCCCUCAUCUUUGCAGUUUGAGAGGAACAGUUCUGUGAUUUGCUUCUUAAAAUGGUGGAUCUUAAAAUGAUACUUUGAAAUCUUUACACAUGGUACUUAAAUUAACUCAAAAGAUAGGUAAGAAUGCACUACUGUACCGGAGUACACAGGCCUAAUUGUGCUAUAUGCCCCAGUCAGUCUUUUGAAAAUGUUAGGCAGCCUGGUGGUCAGCUCCUCAUGGAUCUCUGCCUCUGAAUGAGGACUUUCUUCCAAGUCCGAGAGGCCCUAUAUCUCUGUAGGUGGACAAAGAAUCGUAUUUUCCUCAUCACAGCAAAGCACACAGCAGGUACAGCUACUGACUUCUUGGAAGGAUGAGUAAAAACAGCAGUCUUUGCUUUUGGAUGUCAAGCCUUACCCCAAACAGAUGGGAUACAGUAGAGAUGGAUAUUCCCAGUGUGUUGAAGGAAGCCAGACACUAUUCCAGACACCAGAAAGCCUUAGCAGAAAGCCAUAUCAUAAAGGGGAUAUAGAAACAGGCUGAGCUGCUUGUUUUAGACAUCUCUUCAACUGCUACUACUGCUGUAAGCAAACCAUAUUCAAAGCAAAGUAGUACUAAAGCAGUGCUUGUGCACUAGACAGGUAAAAACGUCCCUGGCCUGUGGAUCUAAUCACAGUGCUCACUGCAAAUGCACUCAGAUGCUUUUAAAAUGGAAUACGCAACAUCCGUCCACAUGUCAGUACCCUGAAUUUGACAGCUGUUAAUGAAAGGUGAAAACUUAGUGUGAUUUUUCCUGGCAGAGAACAGAUGCAAACAGAUACAAAAGGUCUCGGAACCUCUUGUCCUUGAAGCUGGCUGAUGUGCAGUUACCUAGGGGAGACAGUGGCAUUACAGCCUUUCUUAAAGACUGUCAACAUACCUCCUAAAAAGCUACCUAAAGUGCUCCACGUCAAGGGAGCCAAGUGAUCAACCACUCCCUGACUAAUGGGUUUUGGGGAACAGUGAUUCAGAGAGAACCUCCAGGCAUCUGUAAUUGUGAUGAUGUAGGAAUUGGGAAAGUAUCCAUUUAAAUUGAAAUGAUGUGUUUGGUAUGAUUUUAGAUCCUGCACUGUUCCCAGUUUUGCCUGGGUCUUCUAGACAAGUGCCCAAGAAUUUUGUGCUGUGCCUUCCUCCAGGAAGAGAAUGUGCUUGACUUCUUGGGCAGCCCUAAGUUUGGGACAAUGCUUUGAACUUGGUGAGGAUCAGAAGGCGAUUUUGGUUGGAAGAUGAUAGUUAUCCGCAUCAGGGAAAACGAAGUGGAAGCUGAAUACCAGUGCUGAGAUUCUCCUAAUAGGCUGCAUUGAAGUUCACAAUUUUAAGUGCUUGGCUAUGUGCAUAGUGUGGUAGGAGAUGUACUUUCAGAUGCAUUGAUUUUUCCAGUGUGAAUUCAUUCCACAGUGGCAGCUCUCCUGAGGCAAAUGGAUGGAGGACUGCUCAGGGGCUGCCUGCUGGACCAUUCUGGAUUAUGCAAUAUGCAGUGAUAUGCAAAAUCUGAAAAAUGAUUUAAUAGAUGAAGUUGUUGAGCAUCAAAACUGAGUGUUUUCUUUAAAUGUGAUUUUAAUAUCGCGUCCAGUUAUGUUUUGAUUUUCAUGUUUCUUGCCCUCACUCAAAAUGCAAGAUUACCACAUGAUGUGUAGGCCUACUGAUUUUUCACAGGACUGUUUACCAUUUAAAGUGUUUUUCCAGAGCUGUCCCUUGUUUUGAGAUAUUUUCAACAUGUUUGUGUUAGUAAAGUUGCACAUAUCCCUCUCUCACUGCUUUCCACACACAGAGAUCUUGGAAAUGGACCUAACAAGAGGAAGAAGAGUGUUUUGAAAAGAGAAGAUUAUGCAUAGGCAGGUUAUUUUUAGAAAACAGAACAACUGUGGCCUCUGAAGAAAAUGUGAAACAAGAUAAAUAUACAAAAGUGCAUGAGGUAAAGAAAUGAGUAUAAAACAAUGUAAAUGAAACUCCAUUCUUUGAUCACAGCUGUAAUGUUUUACUUUUUCAUUGCCAAACAAUGUGUGAAAAUUGCUUUGGACUGCAUGUACUGUUGGUAAUAUGCUUAACAUAAAUAGCCUGAAAUAUUUUGGGGCUCUGAAAGAGGGCAGGCAGAUUUCUUCUGCUUAUUAAAGGAGAUAUGAGUCCAUGCUUGUAGUGACUAGAGGGAGACCACUCUGUACUAUGUUAGCAGGUUGGAUUGCAGGAUCCAGAGGCCUAAAAUACUACACUGAGUUGUCUUUGAGGGCAAGAAUUAACAAAUGCAAAACAUGCAUUGAUGACAAGACGAACCUCUUCCUAACUUAAAGAAUUCUGUACAGUGUUCUCUUAAGCUGUGCUGAAUUUGUUUUAAAAAUAGUAAUAAAUCUUAGUGCUUAGGUUGAAUGUUA